CCUGGUAUCAUGCAACAUGACCACCCAUAUGUAGCGAGUCCUAUGUCAGGUUCAUCUCAUCUUAGUGACACAGACUGGGCAGAUGCUGAUACCCAAAUAACAAAUUUGGAACAUGAAAAUAGGCAUCUGAAGGUUCAUUGUGAACAACUCGAGGAGAGGAUAGUGGCUUUUCAAGAGGAAAACACACAACUGAAAAAUCAGUUAAAUGAAAGUGAAAGACAAAGAAAGGAAGUUGAAUCCAAACUUCUAAACAAAGACAAACUUUUCCGAGAGAUUUUAAUAGAUAAACUAACGAAGUGUGACAACCAUGUAAGACUUUUUCUUGGGCUGCCUUCUCUUCUGUUUUUAAAGGGUUUGUUCGACAUACUGAAUGGCGCAGCUUCCAGUAUGAAGUAUUGGACUCGUAGAUCAUCAAGUCAUGAAAAAAAGUGGCACUCAGAAAAUUUAAGGAGACCUGGGAAACAAAGAAAACUGCAGUUAUUUGAAGAAUUCAUUUUGGCACUACUUCGUCUGCGUUUAGGCCUGAACACCAUGUUCUGUUCAGUUUUGUUUGGCGUGUCUCAGUCCACAGUUUCUUCCAUAUUCACCACAUGGAUGUGUUUCCUAGAUCAGCAAUUAAAACCAUUACUUAAGUGGCCAUCAAGGCAAAAAAUAAAAAAGCAUAUGCCUCUUUCCUUCCGUUUAAAAUACCCAAACACAAGAGUCAUAAUUGAUGCAACAGAGAUCUUUGUUCAACGUCCAAGGAAUCCUUCAGCUCAGAGCAGAACUUGGUCAAAUUACAAAAACAAGAACACUUUCAAAGCACUGGUUGGGAUUUCACCAAAUAGGGCCUUUACAUUCAUAUCUGAAUUAUGGUCUGGAAACAUUUCAGAUCGCAGCAUUACUCUGAGAAGUGGAUUUCUAGAUCUUAUUCAGCGAGGUGAUCAUGUUAUGGCAGAUCGCGGAUUUCUAAUUAAUGACCUCCUUCUUCAAAGGGGAGCACAGCUGAAUAUGCCACCAUUUUGUCGACCAUGUCAGUAUGGAAAAGGCAAAUACUUGACAUCUAAACAAAUUAAGGAGUCAAAAAACAUUGCCUCAUUGCGCAUUCAUGUGGAGCGUGCAAUUCAGAGACUGAAAAGUUACAAAUUCUUUGAUGGUAUUAUGUACAUAAAAUCAUUGUCUGUUGCAAAUCAAGCCUUACAAGUAGCGGGUAUUUUUUGUAAUUUUAUGGCUCCCCUUGUCAGCAAAGUUCAGAAAAAAUAAGAUUUUCUAACUAAGUAAAUAAAAUACCAUGAUUAUUGUUUGCAAGUGCUAUAACAUUACAAGUGCAACAACUUAAAUUUUGUUGCAAAAGUUCAUUCUUUCACAUUAUUUAUUUGAUAUUUAUAUAGUUUACUG